UCGUGGGGUUUUAAUUGUCCCCGCGAUCGGGUCGGGACAGUGCAUUCCCUCCCCGCUACUACUGCCACUGCAGGUGACCUGUAUAAUCACAACACUGCCCAAAUCCCCAUACACGCCCCGUUCGCACGAUCGCGUCCGACCUCCACUAGAAACCCGCCACGUGCACGGACCCCCUGUUGAGCUCUUUACGUGGCGCCUGCGCCCGCGGAGCUCGGUGGUUGAGUGGUCGUAGGGGAUUGCGCGGGGCAGGUGAGGCGCUUUGAAGGUCGGGGAGGGCGACGCGGGGUGGGGAAACGAGAACGCUCAUGCCCUCCUCGUUUCCCCGCGAUCCCUCGCUCCUUCGCCAGGGUUAGGGUUAGGGUUAGGGUUUUGGGGGGGAGGAGGGAGGCGAUGGGGAGGGACGCGGCGCUGCAGACGAGCUUGGUGGCGCUCGCUGCGGCGGUGGUGGUGGUGGGGAUAUGGACGAUGAGCUUCAAGAAGAUGAUGGCGACCUACUUCUUCGGCCUCUUCGGGAUCGCCGGGAUCCUCCUCCCCGAUUGGGAGUUCUUCGACCGGGACUUCUCCCAGUGGCUCACCCCCAUGCAGACGCGCAGAAGCGUCGCCGAUUCCGACGCCUGGAGAUUCAAGUUUUAUCCGCUAAGGGUUGCGGUGCUCACGACAAUCUACGGCUUCGGCCUUUACAAGUGGUGGAUGUACAUAUCCAGCUAGUCUGUUUCUGUUCGCCUUUCUCAGGCUGUUUGUCCAAUUCCCUUUAUCAAUUCAAUACUUACAAAACACCGCUAUAUGAUCAUUUAUCGCAAGCUUUUCCAAAUGAAAUUUGAACUUGAUUACUUUUCGUAGUUUUGGAUAUUCUUGUAGUCGAUACGUGUUUUGGUUUGUACUUCCAUGGUAUACUAUUUUGUUUUCUGCUGUUUACUGUUGUUGUUUAGUUUUUAUCCCAGAAAAGUUAGUGUUUGUCGUGGUUUCCCUUUUCUCCAAGAUGUAAGAGCAUCAAGAAGAAGAACAAAUAACCAUCUUUUAUUCCGAAAAA